GCAACGGAAGCUGGGGUUCCUCUUACGUGCCAGCCAUACCUACUAACUCCAUGUCCCACAGGAGAAAUGUGAAUCUCAGAGUUCCCAGGUCCUGCGCCAUCCUCCGUGGAUCCUCACAGUGGGCUGGAACGCCAUAGUAAAGGCCAAGCAUCGAGAAGAGGACACAUCCAAGGUGACUUUCACAUCCAGAAAACAGGAAGAAACAGGUCCAGAGAUGUUAAGAAUUUCACUCAAAAUUCCAGCUGCUAGGACUUUGGGAACUGUGCUCUGAAGCUAAGCCCAAUUUUCUUAUAAAGGAAACUAAUACAUUGUUACCUGUGCCCUGGACUACUCGAAGCCAGACCCUACCUGCCCUUGGGGGUUGGAGGUGAGGUGGUGCAGUAACGACACAGACUUCAUGAGCAAUCUUGGAGACAUCUAAGGCUUAAUGGGGACUUUUCCACAUUCCUGACUGCUGCUCUCCAACGAAGCUCUGAGUACUGGCAACAUGUGGAAGCCCGUGACAGAUCAGCGUCACUAGCCUUCAGUCUAAGCAGCAGCCCAGAACCAGUGUGGCCUGAAACUCCGGCAAGCAUUUAGAGAAAGACUCCUCUGCUCAUGGAAAGAGGAAAUGAAAGGAUUUCCAGCCAACCACGAGGAAGUAUCCACCACUCCAAAGAGCUCACCUUCUUUAUCCAGCAUGCUGUCCCGCCUAGUGGUUCCCGUUCAGCCCUUGUGCAGAAAACGCAGAGUGGUGGUCUAACCAAAAACCUAAAGGUCAACAAUCAGAAAAGGAGACCGGGAACAGCGAUUCUAUCAAAACACUCAAGUCGAAUUAUGUCAGAAAGCCAACCUAGACCCCCUGUGAUUCCAUCCCGCAGGCCAGGGUUCCGGAUAUGCUACAUUUGUGGCCGAGAAUUUGGGUCCCAAUCACUUGCCAUUCAUGAGCCUCAGUGUUUGGAAAAGUGGCGCAUUGAGAACAGCAAACUACCCAAGCACCUGAGGAGGCCAGAACCCUCCAAACCACAGCCCAUAGGUGGCAGUGACUCCUACAACCUGCAGGCAGUCAAAGAGGAGACAUUUCAGAGUGCGCAGGCUCAGUUGCUGCCCUGUGAAUACUGCGGCCGCACAUUCUUGCCAGAUCGUCUCCUGGUUCACCAGAGAAGCUGCAAGUCAAAGGGUGAGAAUCCUAGAACAGCAAACACGAAUAGUCCUGACGUUCCUACUGGCCUCAAGAAAACUUCUAGCGGUAUCCCAGUCCGACCAAGGACUCUCAUCUGUUACAUUUGUGGUAGGGAAUUUGGCACGCUGUCCCUUCCUAUCCACGAGCCCAAAUGCUUGGAAAAGUGGAAAAUUGAGAAUGACCGUCUCCCUAAAGAGCAGCGUCGGUCACUGCCCCAGAAGCCUCAACCUCUUCCAACUGGACAGCCCAGCCAAAAGAGGGCGAGUCAAGCCUCACUUGUGCCUUGCCCGAAUUGUGGCCGGACCUUUGCUGUACACCGCCUAUCUGUACACCAGAGAAGUUGUAGAUCUCAACCUAAUGGACUAAAACUUCUAAAUUUGAACCUAGAAAGGAAAGGCGGUCCAAAUGGAUCCAUUAAUUCCAAGCAUCAGAGGAAAAUGAAAGCGCCCAAUGGGGACAAGGUAACUGGUGUCAUAUAAGAUGAAGUAGGUGGACUGGGGACAUACUCCAUCUUCAAAAGGAUAAGAGAACUAUUCCCAGAGCCAGCCACCUCAGCCCCAACGAUGGUUUCUCCCAAAGCCUUACUUGGGUCUCAAAGCAGCCUGUCCAAGUGGAUCUUCUUUUGGACUCCAGGGGCUGUGUGUGUGUGUGUGUGUGUGUGUGUGUGUGUGUGUGUGUGUGUGUGUGUGUGUGUCUGUUUUGCAAAGUAGACCUAACAGAAUCCUUGUCUGGUUGGUUCAUAAUCCUCUUCAGUCCUACAUCCUAAAAGAGAUGGACUUUUUUUUCUCUGAUCCCUCAUCCCAGUCAUCCCUGGGAGAGACUGUUACUUAAAAUGAGUCAUUAAUGCCGUGUCUACAUUACAGAGAUAUGGUUCCUAUUCCAACGGCCAAUGUUUACUGCUGGUUUAUUUUAGUCAUCUACCUUAGGAAUUCAGUUCUGGCAAUGUUGGGUUAUGCUGAGUUUAUCUUACUAAAAUAGAAUCUGUGUCAAAAACCCCAAAUGACUUUAGCAAUAAUUAAACACUGGAACACUUGCUAAGUCUACGUGCUCUGCAGACGCAGGGUGAUUCUGUUGAAGGCAUAUAUGAUUCUUAAAUGUGUGUGGGGGUGGGUAGGGUUAACCCUUUCAGGGAUGCCGAAGUAACUAGAUAUGUAUGCAUGGUUCUGGGAUGUUCUCAGUCCUGUGUUCUGUACCCAUUGUGGAGAUUGUUCACAGGAUGGUGUCCCCCAACCUCAUUCUAAGCAGUGAACCGAAGUAUUGUCAGCCUAUAAAGUUAAAGUUAUUAGCCUUGACUUGGGGUCUCACCAUUGUCAGGAUUGGGUGGGGAUGUUUAUGAAGGUGGGCAGCUGAACAGCAGGACCUGUACACGUCCUGCUAUAAAAUCAGGGCACUGCCCUGUCACAUCUUAUAUGUCAAUUGUAAGAAAGAGGUGGCCUUUCCUCCUGGCUGUUUGAAUUCCAAGCAUGCUCAUAACUCCUAAUCGUGGCCUCCUGACAACUAUCUUUAGCCAGAUAAUGUUUAUAAAUUGAGUAAUUUAAGGAAACAAAGAUAAUUCAAACCAUUAUUAA